AUGGAGGAGCUCGUGGGGCUGCGCCAGGGCUCCCCGGGGAACCCAGUGACACUUCAAGAGCUGUGGGGCCCUUGUCCCCGCCUCCGCCGAGGCAUCCGAGGGAGCCUGGAGUGGCUGAAGCAGAGGCUGUUUCGUGUGGGUGAGGACUGGUAUUUCCUGAUGAUUCUCGGCGUGCUCAUGGCCCUGAUUAGCUACACCAUGAACUUCGCCAUCAGCCGCGUGGUCCGAGCACACAAGUGGCUGUAUCGGGAGAUCGGGGACAGUCACCUGCUCCGGUAUCUCUCCUGGACUGUGUUCCCAGUGGCCCUCAUCUCCUUCUCCUCCGGCUUCUCCCAGAGUAUCACGCCCUUCUCUGGAGGUUCUGGACUUCCGGAGCUGAAGACCAUCUUGUCAGGUGUGAUCCUGGAAGAUUACCUGGAUAUCAAGAAUUUUGGAGCCAAGGUGGUGGGACUCAGCUGCACGCUGGCUUCUGGCAGCACUCUCUUCCUGGGCAAAGUGGGUCCCUUUGUGCACCUGUCAGUUAUGAUUGCAGCCUACCUGGGCCGCCUUCGUACUAAGACCAUUGGGGAGUCCCAGAACAAGAACAAACAAAAUGAAAUGCUGGUGGCGGGUGCAGCGGUGGGCGUGGCCACAGUCUUCGCAGCCCCCUUCAGCGGGGUCCUGUUCAGCAUCGAGGUCAUGUCAUCCCACUUCUCUGUCCGGAAUUACUGGAGGGGCUUCUUUGCUGCCACCAGUGGGGCCUUCAUGUUCCGCCUCUUGUCAGUCUUCAACAGCGAGCAGGAAACCAUCACCUCCCUCUUCAAGACCAGUUUCCGGGUGGAUGUCCCCUUUGACCUGCCAGAGAUCUUCUUUUUUGUGGCACUAGGGGCCAUCUGUGGCAUCAUGAGCUGUGCCUACCUCUUCUGUCAACGGACCUUCCUGGGCUUCAUCAGGACCAACCGUUUCACCUCCAAACUGCUGGCCACCAGCAAGCCACUCUACUCCGCCCUGGCAGUCCUGAUUCUUGCCUCCAUCACUUACCCCUCUGGGGUGGGCCGCUUCAUGGCCUCUCGGCUGUCCAUGAAGGAGCAUCUGGACACACUCUUCGACAGCCAGUCAUGGGCCCUUCGGACGAGGAACAUGACCACAACCUGGCCGGCUGAGCCUGACCCCCAGAACCUGUGGCUGGAGUGGAACCACCCACGGUUCAGGGUCUUUGGGACCUUAGUCUUCUUCUUAUUCAUGAAGUUCUGGAUGCUGAUCCUGGCCACAACCAUUCCAAUACCCGCUGGCUACUUCAUGCCCAUAUUCAUCUGGGGAGCUGCCAUCGGUCGUCUCCUAGGGGAGGCCCUGUCCCUUGCCUUUCCUGAGGGCAUCGUGGUUGGAGGGGACAUCAACCCCAUCAUGCCUGGGGGCUAUGCCCUGGCAGGGGCCGCAGCCUUUUCUGGCGCCGUGACCCACACCAUCUCCACUGCCCUGCUGGCCUUUGAGCUGACCGGCCAGAUAGUGCACGCACUGCCCGUGCUGCUGGCAGUGCUGGCGGCCAACGCCAUCGCACAAAGCUGCCAACCCUCCUUCUACGAUGGCACCAUCAUCAUCAAGAAGUUGCCUUACCUGCCACGCAUCCUGGGCCGCAAACUCAACCCGCACUGUGUGUUUGUGGAGCACUUCAUGAACAGCAACCUCACCACCUUGGCCAAGGAUGCACCACUGGAGGAGGUCGUCAAGGUCGUGACCUCCACAGAUUCAGCGGAGUACCCCCUGGUGCAGAGCACAGACUCUCAGAUUCUGGUGGGCACCGUGAGAAGGGCUCAGCUGGUACAGGCCCUCCAGGCAGAAUCAGCUUCCUGGACUACAGGACACCAGCGGAGACUCCAGGACAUCCUGGCUGGGGGCUGCCCUAUGGAGCCAGUGACCCUGCAGCUGACGCCAGAGACGUCCCUACUUCAGGCACACAACCUCUUUGAGCUACUGAAACUCCAGUCUCUCUUCGUGACAUCUCAGGGCAGAGCUGUUGGAUUCGUGUCUUGGGUUGAGCUGAAGAAAGCGAUUUCCAAGCUGACAAACCCACCAGCCCCGAAGUGAGCCAGCCUGGAAAGAUGGACUAGAGGCACCAGUCGGCCAACCUGUCAUAGUGCUCUGCUUCUCUCUAGCCUGGUUCAACACCUUUGCAGAGCAGGCAGCUCUGCCUCUGGCACUGGAGAGGGCCCUCUCCCUCCAUGCCCUACCAUUGCUACAGGGCAAACCCCAUCCUGAAUGGCAUUCAGAAUGUGAGAGAAGACUCAUGCUGGGUGCUGGCUACUGAGUGCUAGUGCUAGGUGCUAGGUAGACUCAUGCUAUUUCUGUGUGAAGAGAUUGGCAUCUGCCAUCACCCAAUGCAGGCAUAGAUGCCAUCUGACUCGUCCCCUGAAAGAAGGGCCCCCUGAAAAAAAUAAAGCUAAUCCCAUAAGUC